AUGGCUCCGGCUGAUUCUAUCUCGUGCCAUCUCGCGGACCGCCAGCCCGGCGUUGUAUAUCCCGUCGGAAUCUUCAUCGGCGGACGAGAUGGUUGGAAGAGAUACUGGCGCUCGUAUUCUGGUCCAUUCGAGGGGGCAAUCCGAGAUCCCGAGUCGACUCAGGACGCCGAUCCAUUCAAGCCGCAUAUCGACCUCGCCAAGCAAGGCGUCACGCUCGACCGGAUCGCAAUGCAGAUAGCGGAAGACCACCCCGUGCGCGGUCACUCGGUGCCUGAAUGGAACCGCUUCUUUGGCAACUAUCUACGCGACAGGGAUCUCGAGAACCGACCCAUUCGGGUGCUCAUGCCUGAGCGGCAAGAGCGAGCCCGGCAGAGGAGAAUUGAGAUGGCAACCCUGUCCAACCGAGAUCACGAUUCCUGGACCUUCACGGCUGCAUCGGUCGCGGCUCUGCUAUGUGAAGAGAUCGACGAUACGAAGCCUGUCGUCGCGUCGCACUAUGGUCAUUGGCGGGCUGGCGGCGUUCAGAAAUACGACUCAAUACCCGCCGAUCUGCGGUUUACAGGGAACGGCCCGGUAUCGACGCUUCCACGCAAAAAGCGGGGACCUCGUCCGACUGUUGAGUCAGUCUCGGAUGGGGUGCGCAGGUCAGGAUCGGUCUCGGAGGGAGGAAGAUGGCAAGAGAGGGAUGACGCCGACGGGCAGCAGUCCGAUGAGGAUGAGGAAGAUGCGAGCGAUUUUUGUGCGCUGGACGUACGGAGUGAUUCUGAGUAG